UUUCCACUUACGGGUAGCAUAUAUCCAUUGUUCCCUCUAUUCUUAUAUCUCUAUGCGUAGAUGAGUGUGAAUAUGUUCUGGUGGUCAUGAGCACGCUUACGAGGCCUUCGUUCAUUUUGAACACACUUAUUUUUUUUUAUCUUCGCUGCCUAGGCAGCUUUAUUUUGGCUUUUAUCUUUGUAUCGGAUAUUUUAACCUGCAAAUGGUGUAAGAGGCUUGUAAUUCAACGGCCCAUAAUCAAAAAUAAGUGAAUGAGUGAAUACGCUACUUUCAUCUGUUUCGCGCGUGUACUUGUUGCGCAUAUCGUGAUUGAUUAUGACGGUCGAAGAGAAAUUAAAAGAGUACAGGCGCAAGAAAUAUAAGGAGGAGAUAACAGAAUCUCUUAAAGCUGCUAUCGGAAAUGUGUUUCCGUGGAAUCGCAAUACUGAAACAGAGAAAUCGGUUGAAGAAUCGGCAGAGAAAAAGGAGGUUCAGUUAUCCAAAGAGCCACAAGAUAUACAGGAUAUAGAAGAUGAUUUGGAUAUUUGGAUGGAAAAUAAUACACAAAAGUCAGAAAAUAUAGUUAUAACUAGAAUAACUUAUAUAUUAUACUUCAUAUUGUGGAUCAUAUUGUAUAUUAUCGCAAUAGAAUAUGAGUUUGGUGCUGUUUAUUUUAUAUUGUCAACUUUAAUAUUUAUUUGGUUGAAUACUAAAUCUGAGCCAAAGCAACAAGGUGAACUCAGUGCAUAUUCUGUCUUUAAUCCAAAUUGUGAAGCUAUAGAAGGGACACUCGAUGCAUCACAAUUUGAAAAAGAAAUAAAAUAUGGAAUAGGAGGAACUCGAUAAAUCAAAACAAAUUAAUAAAAUUUAUAUGGAAGUCUGACUGUAAGUUAAUACAUUGUAAUUUAUCUAAGAUCUAAAAAUAUAGUUGAUUCCUUCGUUCCUUCCUUAAAACAGUUUAAGUAUAUUGUGCAUAAUGCAAAUUGUGAAUAGCUUCGCAAUUUGAAAAAAAUAGAUGGAUUAAACUGAUAUUGUUUGAAU